AUGCCUCCUAUGUCCAAGAAGAAUAGGUCAAGCGUGGCCUGUAACGUAUGUAGGGAAUGCAAAUUAAGGUGUAAUAAUAAUAAUGAUGGUAGUCAAUGCCAAAGAUGUGAUUCAUUGAAGCUUUCAUGCUCGUAUACAUUGAAAAAAUCCCAGAUACAUAAAAAGAGCUUACCUAAGAUUCGACCAACAUUACGAAACGCUGACACUAAUUCCGUUAAGGGAAUACAAGCUAAUAAAAGAAGCCCGAAUAAGGAUGUUGCAGUGAUUCUCCCAGAAAAAUGGAUAAUAAUUGAAGUUGCAGAAAUUUUUUUUAGAAACCAAUAUAAAGGGAUAUUCCCCUUUGUACAUAAACCAUCCUUGAUUGCAUUCUUAAAAUCAAAUGAGUUCAAUCCUGAAACGUACAUAAAGGAGUACAAUCAUAAAUAUUUUAAAGCUAAUUUUUCAAACUCCUUGAAAUAUCCUGAUCCCAUUAUAUUGCUUGCUAUUCUUGGCCUUUGUUCCAGACUCCAUCCCAUUUUAUCUAGCAUAUACGGUCGCUUCUCUGAGACAGAGGAACCUGAAUAUUUUGCUCCAGAUACUCCGUAUUGCAAGACUGUUAAUGGUAAUAUACGUGAUUGUAAUACGAACGAUAACGAUAGCAAUCUAAAUGUGGCUCAUGAAGUUGAUUCUUUAGAUUAUGCCUCCAAUGCGUCCAAUUAUUUUGGUUGGCAUGCAAGGAGCCUACUUAAAGAUGUAUUCGAUAGCCCUACAAUUCAAAGGAUUCAAAGUUUAACUUUACUUAGUAGCCAUGAAUGGGGAGAAGGAAACACAUCAAGAAGCUAUCUUUAUAUUGGUAUUGCAGCAAGAAUGGCAUUAGUGCUUGGAUUAGGCGAUGAAAAGAAUUUGUUUGCUGAUGAUGACAAUAUUGGUGAGGGAGAUGAUGUCUCGAAACAUAUUUCAAUUGAAUGCAAAAGACGGACUUUGUGGUCUGUUUAUAUGAUGGACAGGUGUAAUUCAAGUGGUCGAGAAAGAUCACCUGCUAUCAGACUAGAGGAAAUUCGAAUUAAGCUACCUUGUGCUGAAGAUGACUUUAUUUUUGGUAAUGAUAGUAAUGCACAAACUUACGUUGAAAUGAUAUCCAGCAUCCAAGAUAAAAAUACUCAGGAGUUGAAUAAAGUUUCGUUUUAUGGAUUUACGAUUGUAUUGUUUGAGAUAUGGUCAAAGAUCGCAAAAUGGGUUGGUGAAAUUGGUGGUAAGUAUGAAAUAAAACCACCCUGGGACCUACAUUCUACAUUCGCAAAUCUUUCUGAUGAGUUAGGAUCCUUUCAAUCGGCGCUCCCAAGACAUUUAAUAUACAAUUCAUUUAAUUUAGAAGCGCAUAUCUCACAAGGAUCGGGGCCAAACUUUGGUUACCUUCAUGGGCUUUCAUUUUUAUGUCGAAUUUUUUUGAACAGAGAGUAUUUAUUUUGCCACCCAGAUUCUUUUACUUUCCAUUGGUGGAGAAACUCGGUAAAAAAUCUAAUGGACUCAGUAGAGAAACUAUCAGCAUUAAUAGAUAGUCUUAAACUGAGGGAUUUAAUGGUUAUUGCACCAUUUACUGGAUUUGAAUUAUUUACAGCCGCUAUAACAGGCUUAUAUUUUUAUGCAUUUCCUUCCAAUAUUUUAAUGAAGAACUACCCAUUUAUAGCAAACCAAGCCGAUUCCGUGGAUCCUGAAGAAGUCUUAAAUAUGAAAGAAAAGUUCAAGAUAAUGUCUUUAGAUAACAUAGAAGGACUACGCACUUGGAGUAAUGUGUGGGGGUUAGGGAAAAAAUGGUAUAACCUAGCUAGAGUUUUACAAGAGGAGUUUGAAAACUAUAGUGUUAACGCAUCUACAAACAUACAGAAUGAAACUAUACGACAUACUAUGCAUGAUUAUGGAAAUGGAGAAGUCCAAGAGGUCUAUAAUCCAAAAGGCAAUAGUAAGGUGAAAAUAGUCACAUCAGUACUUAAAAAUGGAGUUUUCACGCCAUCUACCCAUGGUGAUAAUAUUUUGCUUGAUUCUUCGACUGUAAAGGCAGAUUCCCUUAUGACUGGUAAGAGUGUAUAUAGAGAUGAUGCAAUGUUAAAUUAUCUUUCAUCACCAACUUUAAAUUUUAUACAUAGCUUCGACUCAGCAAGUAUCUUCCCUGGAUGGAGUGAUAACUUGGAGAUUUAG